AUGCACACCCUCGGCUUUCUGACGUGCGUUGCUGGACUCUGGGGCACAGCAUCCGCAGACUUCGGCCUGACGACAUCAAACACCUCGUACACGGUCGACACGAACGGAGGACUGGUGUUCAAGGUGGACCGCGCGAAUGGCGACAUCACCAGUCUCAUUUACAACGGUGUCCAGUACCAAGAGACGACCAAGAUGUCACAGAUCAACUCCGGUUUGGGCACCUCAAAUGUCACAGCCGAGACCGUAAACGGCUACAUCAAGAUUACUGUCAAGGCCGGCUCGCAGCCCUUGACACAAUACUAUGUGGCCAAGUCAGGUGACCCGAUCAUCUACAUGGCGACUUAUAUCACGGGCGAGAUCGCCCCUGGGGAGCUGCGCUGGCUCGCUCGCCUCCAGCGCAAGCAAGUGCCGACAGGUGUGCAUGGUAAUGUCGCCGAUCUCGAUGGGUGCGAAGCCUUUGAGGGCAAGGACACAUUUAAAUGUCCGGAUGGUACCACUAGAUGCAAGAUGUACACAUCCGAUCGUUUCAUCGACGACAAAGUCCAUGGCGUAACGGGCAAUAAAACUGGGGUGUGGAUGGUCAUGCCUGGAAACGCCUACGAGUCCUCUUCCGGUGGCCCCUUUAUGAGGGACAUCAACUCGCAAAGCACCGCCGAGCAGGAGCUUUACUUUUACAUGUAUAGUGGUCAUCUUAGGACCGAGCGUUUGCGGGUCGGUCUUAAGGGUCCCUACAGGAUGGUCUUCACCUCCAGCACACAGCCGCCCUCAGCGAACGUCGACAUGAGCUUUUUCGACUGUUUGAACAUAGAUGGUUAUGUCCCUGACAGUGGACGUGGAAGUGUCUCCGGCACCGCGACGGGCAUAACAGGGAAUUUCGAAACUGUGGUGCAUUGGUUCAAUGGUGAUGCGCAAUACUGGAUCAAGGCGGUCGACGGAAAGUUCACAUCGCCGCUCAUGAAGCCCGGGAAAUACACGAUGAAGUUAUACCGAAACGAGUUCCCCGUCGCCAACACUAGCGUAACCGUCACGGCGGGCGGGAAGACGACCCAGGACAUUGUCUCGACCGAGUCCGAGCCGUCGAUUAUUUGGCGCAUCGGCGAGUUCGACGGACAACCCUUUGAAAUGAAGAAUGGCGACAAGUUCCUGAGGAUGCAUCCCUCGGAUGUCCGCAUGGCGAGCUGGGGAGGCGAGUACACCGUCGGCACGUCUCAGAGCAAAGACUUCCCCAUGGCCAUAUUCUCCAAGAUUGGCGGCAACGCCACCAUUCACUUCGAUCUGACUGCCGAUCAGCUGGACGGGGUUGUUGUGCGCGUCGGGACGACGCUAUCGUUCAAGGGCGGAAGACCUAGUAUUAUUAUUAAUGGAUGGCAUGCAGCCGAUCCUGGUCCUCCGACACUCAUUGACUCCCGCGGGGUGACUCGUGGUGCCUAUCGCGGAUACGGUGACGUGUACACCAGUGAAGUACCAGCGAGCGCGCUGAAGACAGGAACGAAUACCCUCGUACUGGGGGUACUUGGAACGGGGGAUGGUGCCUUUUUGAGCGCCAACUAUAUCAUCGAUGCAAUUGAGUUGCAGGGUAAAGGGGGAGCCAAGAACGCUACUUCGCUACCGCUACCUGCUCAUAGGCACCAACGGCAUACUAAGCCCCAUCAAAUAUGA